GGUUGUUUAUUUGUUAGAUUUCAAAUGACACCUACGCUUUGUCUGACUUUAUAUUGUAUAAAAUAAGACACUUGGUGUGAAUUCUCUUCAUUGGACAAGUGAUUUGUCAAGGAUAAGAGAAAAUCUAAGUUGAAAAUAACGAUACCAAUCCUAACUGGAAUAAUACUUUACUUAACAAAAUGAUGCAUUCAAUACAGUUUCUUACGAUCGUAGCGUGUUUAACAGCGGUCGUUAAUGCAACUCCAUUGAAGUCAUUGUCAACUAUUAACGAAGCAUGUAUUGAUGAUGCGGAUUGUAAUGGAACAAGUUUAUGCCUACGACCUGGCUUUCAAAGGCCGACACGACAAGCACAGAAAUAUUGUUAUCAAUGCAAUUGCACAAUGUUUGAACAAUGUAAACUGAUUUGUGGUAUAGAAAACGAACGAUUGAUCUAUUGUGACUGCGCUGGAUCAGGAUUCACGGGAAAAUUGUGUGAAACAAAUAUUGACGACUGUGAUGACAGUUAUUGUUUAAAUGGCGGUACGUGUGUUGAUGGAGUGAAGAAUUACACAUGCUCUUGUCCACUUGGUUACACAGGCAGACAUUGUGAAAUUAAUAUUGACGACUGUGACGAAAGUAAUUGUUUAAAUGGCGGUACAUGUGAUGAUGGAGUGAAUAAUUAUACAUGUGCUUGCCCAUCGAGUUAUACAGGCAGAAAUUGUGAAAUAUCGCUGUUUGAAACAUGCAACGAGAACGAUGAAGCUGGUGAAGUUCAUGGAAGCGCCACACCACAAUGCAUUACCUCAUCAGGGUACCCUCUCUUAUGGUACAGUAAUAACCUUGAAUUAACUUGGAACAUAUUUUGUCCGGCUGGACAGAGAGUCCGAGUAUUUUUUCUUGACUUUGUUGUAGAAAGAUAUUAUGACGAUGUCCGCUUAUCAAAUGGUGAAUGCACAGGUUCUAAUUGUCCAAAUGACAUCCUUAUCUUAUCUGGAAAUGCUGAUCCAACAUACGAGUUCAUCGAUAAUGCUAAUUUUUAUUAUAUACAAGAAACAUAUGAUGCCAUACAAGUAUCGUAUUUCUCUAAUGGCAAUGUUCUAACCAUGGUUUUUAACUCGGAUUCUAGCGAAAAUGGAAAAGGCUUCAAGGCGGAGUACAACUGCGUGCCGUAGUAAUGCAAGACAGUGUAAAUAAUAUAUGAGGGAAAUAUUCACAGAUUUGUGUGAAUCGCUUGUACUUACUUUUUUGUUAUGAUUAAUGCUUCCGAGGGAUUACACUUUUUUCCAGAUUUUAUAUAAAGUUUAACAUGUCUGUUUUAAAUGAACAUUUUUGGGGAUUUAUGUACGAUUGGAUGCUUCUAUAUAAAUGUACUGUAAUGUGAUUAAUUUAUACUUAUAUGUAUUGUAUAACUGGGAUACGUAUGUAUUUCUUACA